CCGAAUGACUCAUUAGCGGGCUGUAAAAUUUCAAUCGAGUGCCGUGUGAGAACUUACCUGCAGAUGCAAUGGAAUUUUCACUGCUCAACAAGGCGAACUUCGACAAGGAUUGUUUGUACACCGCGAACUCGGAGUUCUACAACAACGGCGCCAAUGGAGGAGGACUCUCCGUGGCCAAUCACAUGAAUCACUACAACCUCAUGAUUGACUCCAGCUACAAGCUCUGCGCCAACGAGUCCGCAAUCCGGGGUUCCCUCAACCAGGAGUCGAGCCUGCUGUUCUCCAAAAUCACCACUGUCUCCGAGUUUUACCCGGCCACCCACAACAUUGGCUCCUACAACACGGACUUCCAUUUGAAGUCCUAUGGAGACGACGGCUUGAGCCUGACCGACAAAUCAAAACAGAGGCGCAUUCGCACCACUUUCACGUCCAACCAGCUGAACGAGCUGGAGAAGAUCUUCCUGGAAACCCACUACCCAGACAUCUACACCAGGGAAGAGAUCGCAUCCAAGCUGCACUUGACGGAAGCCCGAGUUCAGGUGUGGUUCCAGAACAGAAGAGCCAAGUUUCGCAAGCAGGAGAGGCAUGCCAUUUACAUAAUGAAGGACAAGUCGAGCAAAUUGGAUGGCCGGAAGAAUCCUGCGGCAGGAUCGAAAUACCUGGGCCCAUCUCUCAAGGGACCCCAGAAUGGCCAUGGCCGUCAAAUGAAAUGCUUAUACGAUCAAAUAUAGAAUCCACUAAUAUCUAUGUAAAUAUUAGUAUACAUUUUG